UGGAUUUAUUCCUCGUGGCACCUUGCACGUUUCCCAAAAUGUCCAGGUCACUUGGAAUCAGGGAACUAUUGAGGGAACUGGAUACAGACAGGGAUGGAAAGGUCAGUGUGGAUGAGUUGAAGCGCCUUCUUGAUAGCGAGAAAUUCGUGUGCGACAAGAAAGUCAUCCUGGAAUUUAUUAAACACUGCGACCGUGAUGGAGACGGGAAGCUUGAUUACAAUGAAUUAGUUAGGGCAAUUAACUCAUGAACCUUUGGUGAUUGUGCACAAUUACAAAUGUAUAUCACUGUAAUCUUCUUUAUAAAAUACAUUUUACGUGUAUUUUAUGGUAAUU